AUGGAUGCACCUCUUCUACAGAAUGUGGUCUUGAAAUUUCUGAACGAGCUGAAAAGAGUUGUGGGCGAAAGCACCGAAGUUAUCGAGGGAAAGAGGCAACCAAAAGAGAACAUUCUGAAUGUGACUCCAAACCACCCCGAGAUCCAUGAGGACGACUCCUCUGAUUCCAGCAGCUUCUCCGAAGGCCUCGAGACAACUGCCGAGGAUGUCUCACAAACUGAGCUGGGUCAGAACUCGGACGAAAUCGAUGAUAUUAUCUCAUCGCUGGUGAAGAUCUCCUUUCGCAUCAGAGGCAUAAGCUCUAGGGAUUCCCAGGCGGCGCACAAAGCCACGAUGCACAAAGAGUUUAUUCAAGAUGAAGAACUGAAUACUGUUGACGUUUUCUCAGUGUACUCUGUCUUCGACCGGCGGCAUGUAGAAGAGUGGAUUCUCCAACUGAGGAAAAGUCCCGAAUCGGCCGUCUCUCAACCCCAAACACCUCCCCGAAUCACCUCAGAUGAAGUCCAUCACGAGGAAAACAAGUCACAUAUCAAGCCAGCGACAUUCAAAGGCAGUGAUAUUAGACUCAUAGAACGCUGGAGCAAAGCGACAACUGUCAGACGUCGUGUUUUGGCUUAUUGGCGAAGACAUGCUCGGAAGUUGGCUAAGCGUGACCAUGAACCGACGCCUCAAAGAGAUCAAAACAGUAGUAGCCUGACACCGGAUACUAUCGAUUCUAAUCAGACGCCCAUGCUUCCUCCUAUAGUCUUGGGAACGACGCAUCCGGAAUCGCUGCCGGCUCUCAGCUCCAAGGGCGGUACACUUCUAUCUGGAACGGAAGCCACUCGGUUGCCAAUGCAGAUGGACAUGACCGACGCUUCAUCAAUUGUUUCAUACUCGACAUAUUUCAGUGAAGAAGGCAAAAGCACCGAUCUACCAAAGCCACCGAAGCUGAAAAAUAGGGAGUCAGAGUUCACUUGCCCAUACUGCCAUGUGCUUUGCCCCAAACAAGACACGAAAGGCAGACAUUGGAGGGAUCACAUUAUGCAGGAUCUUCAACCCUAUCAGUGCACCUAUCCAGACUGUCGAAGUGCUGACGUGUUAUUCACUAGUAAAGACUCGUGGAUCGAUCACGAGUCUCAGGACCAUCGGAGGGUUUGGAGGUGCUCCGAACAUCCAGACCUGUUCAAAUCGAUGGAAGAGAUAACACAUCAUUUUGAACUAUCGCAUACUACUCUCGGAACUGCACAGGUCCAGGAGAUCUCGAAACAUGCCCAUUCUAUCACACAAGACUUGCGGACGGAAUGCCCCUUUUGUCAGUCAUCUGGUCCGUUUGAAGAGGAUCUCACAAGCCAUAUGGCUUCCCACAUGGAACGACUCGCUUUGUUCUCAAUACCAAGAAGCGCCAUCAAUGAUGAUGACGAUGAUAUGUCAAUAACAGGCGGUUCCGGAGUAGCUCAAGGCGGAGGAUCUGCAGCAUCUCUCAAGUCGGUCAAUCUGACCUUCUCUGAUGCAGGUUCCUUGGCCUCAUCUGGCUCUGACCCUGAGAUAACAGGUCCUCAGGCCACCGAGAGUUCUGAUGGCAAGCUUAAACUCGAUGAUGCACUCGAGAAAGACGCAUACAGCGAAAUUUGGGACUGGCUAGCUUCAGAAGACCACACGCUGGAUUUCGACUCCUAUAUUGGUAGGCGGCACCCGGGGACCCUCAGGUGGUUCUUCGAAUCGCAGAUAUACCAAUCCUCGUUCUCUUCUGAGGGAAAAGUGCUUUAUCUCCGGGGCCUACCAGGUGUUGGCAAAUCUGUCUUGGCAGCUGCGAUUAUUAACGAUCUAAGGAGGCGAUUCGAAAGUUCCGGGUCUCGCAUCGCCUACUAUUUCUGCUCUUCCCAACGUCACAACCGGGCAACUGAAGCGUUGCUUCGAAGUCUCAUAAGGCAAAUCCUCGAAGGCGUUUCUGAAACACCGAAGCUUCUCCAAACCAUUCACCAGAGCUAUCUCAAAGAUGGACAACUACCUUCAUUGUUAGCUUUACUGGACGCUUUCGUGGAAGCUACGGAUCAUGUUUCAAGUCUUUUCAUAAUCAUAGACGGCUUCGACGUUCUGAGAGGCGAUCAAGACCGGGAGCUGUCCAAAGUCCUAAACUCGUUAUCAGCUAAACCCGACAAGAAAGUUAUCGUAACCUCCAGGUGUAUCAAUUAUGUCGAUCGGCAGUUUCGUAACUGGCCAGUUAUGAAUGUCAAGGCAGUUGAGGAGGACUUGCGAAGUUACGCCAGAGCAGCGACACUUCGCAACGAACCCCAAGGAUUCCUAGAAGCGGUCAACUUAGAGGAGGCAGAAACGCAAGUCGUACAAUUCUCCAAGAAUAUUUUCGCUUUCGCGACAAUCUAUCUCGAAUUUACGCCUACAGAAUGGAUGACAAGCGCCGUAACUGGCGGGGAACCACAAAAGAUGAUUGACAGCUUUUACAUAGCUGAAAUGAAGCGCAACCAAAACUCAUCAGGGUUCACAGCUGCACUUGAACUCCUGGCAUGGGUCGUCAGAUCUCCGACCUUAUUGAAAGUUGCAGAGGUAAAAGAGAUUCUUCAUUUGCAAGCAAGAGCAGUGCAAUACUCGACCAGCUCCGAGAGAAAAGUUGAUCCAGGUCAACUUUAUGACCUGGAAAGGCUGCUGUUCUGGUGCUCGGGGCUUGUCGUUCUUGCGCGAGGCGACGUGCUUCGACUUUUCCACCCUACAGCAAAUGAUUACUUCACCCGAAACCAAAAGGAAUGGUUUCCGAAAGCGGCAGAAAACCAAGCAUAUCUCUGCUGUGAAUACCUGACCAACGCCACUGACAGAGACGAAAGCGCGAACUGCGACCUCAAGUAUUUCGAGACGAAAUUUCGAUUUUUCACUCACGCUGCUAUUGCUUGGGGUCGUCACGCGUUUCAAGCAUUUGAACAAGAGGGAGGACUGAAAAAAGGCAGAUUAUACAGAGUGGUCAGAAAUUUUCUUUCCCGUGGCUGGAGAGUCCAGCAUGUCGCCGAGGCCCUAAGGAAAAACAUCAAGUUAAUUUGGAACGGGAGCAUACCUAAAAGUUUUUCCCUGCACUGGACGCGUCUUCAACUGGCGAUAUACUUUGGGCUCACGGACAUCGUGACGGACUUACUUCAUGAACAUAAGCUUGGUGCGAAGGACUUGAUUGGAGAAGGAGACAAUUCGCUGGUAGCCCUAGCCGCAGAGUGCGGCCAUAUGUCAAUUUCGACCCUUCUGUGGACACGUCUGAACUGGGAGCCGUGCGCACUCGAUGACGGUUUGUUGGGAGCAGCCCGCGGAGGCUUCAAAAACAUUGCGGUAAUGGCUAUGGAUCACGGCGCAGAUCCCAGAAAGCCAGCGCCGUUGUGUGCUGCAUCUCAGUGUGGCCAUGAGGACAUUGUUCGUCAGCUGCUGGAUACGGCCCCAGAUUUGGUCAAAUUGACGCAAGAAGAACCAUUGCGCCUCGCCAUCAAGAACGGCCACUCGAGCGUCGUUCGGUUAUUAUUUGAGCGGGGGACUUCCAUGCCUGCAGACGCCAGAAAAUUGCUACUCGAUUCCAUCCAGCGGAAGGAUAUGAACAUGGUUCAAAUUCUCCUGGAGAAGGAGCCGCGACUAGCCAACGGCGAUUCUGAAGGGGGAACGACGCCUCUCUUCCUUGCAAUUGAUCAAGACGACGUUGCCAUGGUCAAGGUUCUGUUGAAGUGUGGAGCGAGUGUUCUUGAAGAGGACGAAGCUGGAAAGACGCCGGCGUAUGUAGCGCGAGUAAAUGGUCAAAAAGAGAUCCAAGAUGUAAUAGAAAUAUGGGAAAGGAGAAGGGAGAAUAGAUGA